AUUUUGUGAUGAACAUGCAAAAGUUUGAUGCAAAAACUGUGAAGGAUAUUGGCAUAGCAGAUCCACGAACGCGGUUGAAGUCUCUUUCUGAUUAUGCUUCCACUGUUGAAAUAGACCGUAACAUUCCACCACAAAGGUAUUAUCGUUCUGGUGUAGAGAUGAUUAGAAUGGCAGACAUGUACAUGAAAGACAAUGGUCUUGAAUAUGCAUACAUUUUGUAUGUUAAAUUCAUAACAAUUUUUGUUGAAAAAAUAAGAACCCAUCCACAAUAUCAUACGGUAUCAAUAAAAGAUAAGGAACAGAAUCAACAGACCUUACGUAAAGUAAUGUCUAAAGCUGAAGAACUGAAAAAACAAUUAUUAGAGCAAUACCAAGCAGAAACAAAUAAAUAUUUGGCAGAUGUCAAGGAAAGGGAAAGGAUUGAAAAAGAAAGAUUGAAACGAGAGGAGCUAGAAAAGUUGAAAGAAGAGGAAGAAAGAAGGAACAAAGAAGCUGCCUUGGCAGCUGUUAAGGCAGCAAAAGCUGCUGCGAAUACAAUUGUACCAAGCCCUGAAGAAAGUAAGACUAAAAGAGUUCCUAGCAUAUUACCAAAAUCAUUGUCUGAUGAAUCUGCAGAUAUAUCCCAGCGAAAGAAAAUGCCUGCUAUAGAUCGCUCGACAAAGCCCUCUAUGCUAAUGAGCGACACUUUUACAUUACGAGACGUAGUAUUACCAACGAAAUUAACGCACAAUUUUCUGUUAUUGGCUUUCACUAAUACUGCAAAUAAUAAGGAAACCUGCGGUAUUUUAGCAGGAAAAUUAGAACGAAAUAAAUUAGUAGUUACGCAUUUAUUAAUCCCUGAACAAACUGGAUCUCCAGAUUCCUGUCUAACGCAUAACGAAGAAGAUAUAUUCGAUUACCAGGAUCAACAUAACUUGAUAACUCUUGGCUGGAUACACACACAUCCAACACAGACUGCAUUUCUGUCUAGUGUUGAUCUUCAUACACACUGUGCAUAUCAGCUUAUGAUGGCUGAAGCAAUAGCCAUUGUUUGCGCCCCUAAAUACUUUGAGACAGGACUUUUUAUUUUAACUCCAGACUAUGGAUUAGAUUAUAUUGCUAAUUGUAGAGAAACAGGAUUUCAUCCUCAUCCGACUGAGCCACCGUUGUACACGGAUGCAAAACAUUGCAAAUUAGAUGUAACAGCAGCCUUAGAAGUAGUGGAUUUAAGAAGAAAAUGACAUCUUUUAGACAUGUGCAUAUAUAUGUAUAUACAUACAUAUGUGUACUUUGUAAAGCAAAUUGUACAUACAAAUGUGCAAUACGAAAAAUUGAUCGAAAAGAGUAAAAAAGAUUACAAAUACUUUUGCUUGAAUAUCACGAAAAUGCAAGAGAGUAAAUGUAAUUUAACAUUUCCAAAAUUUCCAAUAUUUUUGGAGCAAAGCAUUUAAAGAAGCAUUUCUAACUAGAUUUGUGUAUUUAAAAUUGUAUCAAGAUGAUAAUUUCAUAUAGAAAGAAAUUUGUUAACCGUAAAAAAGCAAUGCAAUAUCUAAAUGUUUCUGGCAAAUAUGAUAAAUUAUAGUAAUGAAAAAAAAACUUUUUACGUAAUUUAAAGAAUGUUACUUAACUGAUUAAUUGAAAAGAGGAUCAUGAAAUAAUAGUAUUAAUGUUUUGUUGAUAAACAUAAAUUAUUUAUAAGGAAUUAGAUACAUCUAAGAUGCGUAUAUCUAAAUAUUGUUAAUUUUUCGCAAUUUUUAAAUUAAUUUAUUAUUGAUUUCGUUAAUACGCUACAUUGCAAGGUAGAAAAUAAAUAUACAAAUUCAAUCAAAAAUUUGUAUAAACGUGGUGGUAUGUAAAAUCUGUCUAUACGUUUACGUGCCUUUCAUGGGAAAAAAUAAUAUGUAGUGUUCAUAAUGUCAUGCAGAUUACAUGGAGUAUGUUCAGUCAA